GGCACUUUGCUCGACAAUAUCCGAGCGCCAUAUUGGUUGUUGCAAGAGGGCUGGAAAAUUAGGAGAUUUGUUUUGCUCUAUCAUUUUUUCUCGACCGCAUAUUACGCCAGAGUGAACGGGGCCGAAUCGUUCACCACUCGCAAAGGAUUCGAACAAAUUGCUCGGUCUCAACGCGUCUAUCAGUAUUUCGAACAAGUCAAAUUUCCUCCGGAUACAGAGCUCUUACAUUGAAACUGAAAAGGUUGCAACAUUCAGGGAAUUUGAGUGCUGUGCGGAGGUGUAUCUUUUCGCCGUCCAUUGUUGGAAGAUAGAAGAUAAUUUGCAUCAUUUUUGUGGGGUCCACCACCGUCUCGAUCGAUGUAUCGACAGUGAAAGAAUGAAUAAUGUCAUCUAUGUCUUUGUUUAUCGCCUCAAGCUGAUUGUGCAGAAAGGGUGACCCACCGCCAGGGUUGACUUUACAGCAAGCGAUGGAUCCGGCUGAAAAUCAGGAUGGCCAGCACUUGAUCCAACACUGUGUCAUUAUCCAGCGUGAUGAAAAAGGCUAUGGUCUGACUGUUACAGGGGAUAAUCCAGUUUAUGUACAGUCUGUAAAGGAAGGUGGAGCAGCUUAUCGCACAGGUGUGCAAGUUGGUGAUAAGAUCAUCAAGGUGAAUGGAACUCUGGUGACUAAUUACAAUCACAUUGAAGUUGUCAACCUCAUAAAAUCUGGUUCCUAUGUGGCACUGACUCUGCUGGGAAAACCACCACCUCCUUUGCAAGCAGAACGGCAUGGAUCUCCGUCACCACCUCCACCACCACUGAACAUUGUACCAAAAGACCCAGUAAAAGAUGAGAGAACAGUAACCAUUCAAAGGGUGCUUGAUCAGGAGAGGCAGUUUUAUAAGAAAACAAGGGAGGAGUAUACCAAAAAACCAUCUGACAAGCUUCAAAAAGAGCUUGCUGAAUCAAUAACCCGAAUCAGAGCAUUUGAGGCAGAACUCAGUGCCUUAAUGCAGUAUCAGCAGCCUAGUAACAAUGGACCCCACUCAGCACCCCCAACAUGGCAGCCAGCAAGCAGAUUUCCAUCCAGGACCUAUUCAGUUCCAGCUCAUGAAAACACCAGUCCUCCACCAGAACACGACCCUAAUGCACUGUACGACAACUAUCCCCAAGCCAUGAUUGGUGAUGCACUCAAUAACAGAUCUGCUGAGACUGACAGGGAGGUCUCUUCCUCUCCACCACUGCCCCCUGAGAGAAGGUUCCUUCCGAAAGGGGACCAACUUAUGCCACUUAGUGGUAUAGGUUCUGUUACUUAUCCUGGGAAAAAAAGGAUUAAGAAGUUAUCUCUGCCUGAUGGUCCACUACAUGUUAGACAGCACUCCAGCCCAGAUGCUUUCUUCCGUCCUGCUGUAAAUGGCAACUCCUCUGAUAAAGUUCUGUCUGUUAGAGAUAAUGGUAGUGGCAAGAAAAAGAGCUUUGAUGACGCAUCUGGAAUGCCACGGAUGCAUGGCUUUGUGGGAUCACCUGCUAAAACUCGCAAAAAUCUGGUGACCUCAUCCCUUCCAAGGGCUUGGAAUCCAACUAGUCAAGAAAACAAAGCCAUACAACUUGAUGAUGCAAAAAGCAGCAGCAGCAGUGGCUCUCCACCAGCCACACCAACGCUAUCAGAACCCAUGGAGAAGAGAAGUCGGAGUGACACUGCGGAUAUCUAUGCUGAUGGUGAUGAUGAAUCACAGGCUGACUCCACAGAUAAUACCAAGCAGAGUGUCAUGCAACACAAUCAGUCACAUGCAUCAAUCAUAUCUAUGGAAGAUGAAGAGUUUGCUUCAGAUGACGAGAAGAUUGAUGACCAUGGUCCAUUUAAUGAUUUAGAAAUUCUUAAGAAUAAGCCAGCUCAUCUGGCAGUGUUCCUCCAUUACCUUAUAUCAAACAGUGAUCCAAGUAGUUUGUUCUUUUGGAUGGUAACAGAUACCUACAGAGAAGGAACAAUAAAAGAAAUGAAGAAGUGGUCGUAUGAGAUCUACUCUACAUUUCUGGCUGAGCGGGCGCCUCUGAAAGUUAUCAAUAUGGAUAAAGAAACAAUUGUAGAGCCCAUUGAGAGUUGCUUAGGGUCUGAAGAUAAUCUAAAAAUCUUGUUUCAACAAGCAAGGGAUCUUGCAGGAGAAGAAAUUAAAGAACUGUUAGCAGACUUCAGGAAUAAACGGGCCCUUGGUCUUGGGAGUUUAUUUGGCGAUCACCAGCUAGAAGAUGACAACAUGGAUAAAGGAAAGGAACUUCAAGUAGUGGAACAAACUUUGAUGCCACACUUAGAGGGAGUCUUGGCUGAAUUGGAUGCGAAUACUGCUGUAGAUGCUUCUCAGAUUGACAGAAACUCUGCUAUGGCAUCUGCCCUUACUACUUUUUUGAAACAAGUUGGAAUUACUGUUAAGCAACAAGGGACCAAUGCAAAUAUCCUGGAGAGAUACUCGAGCUUCACACGAAAAGAGAAUAAGCCACUGUUUAAAAUUAAAGCAAGCAAAAAGAGUAAGGGACACCAUUUUGUUAGUACACAUUACACAAGUAUGACGUUCUGCAAUCACUGUAGUGGUCUACUGUGGGGUAUUGGAGAUCAAGGCUAUCAAUGUUCAACGUGUGAAUACAAUGUACACAAAGGGGCUUGCUUUGAGGCAAUUGAAGAAUGUCCGGGAACAAAGAAGAAAAGAAAAACAAAUAAUCAAGCUGGCAGAUCACCGUCAUUUGCAAAUUAUAGUAGAAAAGUUAGUCAGCCUGCUUCAUCUCAAUAUGGGACAAAAAACUAUGAAAAUGAUGAUGAAAAUGAGUCAGACAAUGGCAGUACAACAGUUCACUAUAACAAGAAAAAGAGUGGUUCUUUUGAUGAAGAUUUGAUUUCAGGUGGAAGAGACAACAGAAUACCUGGGGAUGACAGGGCACCUGACAGGGAAGGAUUUUUAAGCUCUGGUGAUGAUGGAAUGUCAAAAACGAAAAGCGCUAGUGAACUGUCUCUUGAUAAACCACACUUACAAAAACAUGUUGUUGGGAGAUCGGAGAGUAUGAAGACACCCGUAAGUAUUUAACAAGGUUUUUCUCUUAGGUUUAGAGUGGUUUUCAUUUGAGUGUUAAAAAGU